GCCAGAUAUUGGUGCUAUGAGGAAAGGGAUUUUCGCAUCUCUGAAAUAUUGCUCAUCAACUGAUGAGAAGCCUAACCACGAAGCCCCAAAGAUGCACGAGAGGAGGAACACAAAACGCUAACGAGUCUCUACUCUCCAUCAUAUGGAGAAAUUGUCCGAAGCAUGUGUACAUGUCACUGAAAAAACUACGAAUUUUUGUAACGAAAGGAGUUGGUAGAUUCAACAUGGGGUGUCGUCAUUGUCAGCAACUGAGAGCUGGCAUCAAGAACAAAAAAUCCAGUUCAUACUCAAAGAAAAUUUUUCGUAAACAAGACGAUAGGAGAGUAUCACGUAGUGCAAAUCAACAGAUAAUCACUUCAAAGAAAUUCACGAGAAAAAUGGAACAAAGCAGCGAGCCGCUGAAGUGUCGAAACAGCAGAGGAAAAGAGGACCAUCAUACAAAGCUGGAGGAUUCUAAAAUGGAGACUGGAAAGCUCGAGAUAUGGCAGGAUUUCAUAUAAGAAUCUAAAAAAAGUUGUGCUUCAAAGAGACUAUAU